UGAUAAAAUGGUGCAUUCGUCGAUCAAACCGGGCCACACAUUUGAAGCUAGAAAUUAAAUUAGACAUCCACCAUUUUGUUUAUUUUCACGAAAUCACUUCAUGAGUAAUAUACAACGGUGAAAUUGCGUUCUUAAUCGAGUGCAUACGUGAUUGAGUAAAUCUGGCAAUGAUUAUUAAAUUAGGAAUGUGCUAUUAGCGUAUACUGCCAUCGAGCCCUUGUGUUGAAAAUUGCAGACAUCGGCCGCGCCGCUAGUAAACAUUCUUUGAAAAUUAACAUCCUAACUUCAAAGAAAAAUAAAAGCCAGGGUGCGCAAAAUAAUCGUGUCGAUGAGAAAGGUCCGUUGAAAUUCGUUCAGCGCCUUUUUAGUAAGUCUAAAGGGAGCGAUCCCCUAGCGUUAAAGGAAAUCACGAAGAGUUGUGGGCGACAGUCCCCGGUGGCGCGCCCGGCUAACAUGAAUCACACGCCUGCACCUGACAGGCAGCAGCACGACCCUAAUGUGAACCAGGUUGAAGAAAUGGAGACUCAAGAAGUGGAAACUGUAGAAACCGCUAUAGAGAAAACCUGGGACGAUGAUCUUGUAAGAGGUCGAAUUACUCCCAACGGAGGGGUUGUGAUGACUGAUGUUAUGAAGAAUCAAGAGACAACUUCUGAAAUGCCUCAACUCGCGUGCGUCGACGCCGAAAUGGAGGAUGACGAGGCGAGAUCAGAAGCGACUUUCCGCUUCACAGUGCACAACUUUAAAAAUCUUAAGGACUCGGUUCUAUCACCUCCUUGCUAUGUCCGCAAUUUGCCGUGGAAGAUCAUGGUUAUGCCUAGACAGGCACCGUCAGCCGAUAGACAACAGCAGAAGUCUCUGGGUUUCUUCUUGCAGUGUAAUGGGGAGAGUGAGUCGUCAAGCUGGUCGUGCUAUGCAAUGGCCGAGCUGAGACUCAUCUCUCACAAGCCAGACACUGAACCGUUUCAUAGAAAGAUUCAGCAUUUAUUUUAUAGUAAGGAAAACGAUUGGGGUUUCUCUCACUUCAUGGGUUGGAAUGAUGUGUUAGACCCCGAAAAAGGAUAUCUCAAAGAGGAUGCAAUUACAUUGGAAGUUCACGUCACUGCUGAAGCACCACAUGGUGUGUCUUGGGACUCCAAGAAACACACUGGUUAUGUUGGUUUGAAGAAUCAAGGUGCAACAUGUUAUAUGAAUUCUCUUUUACAAACAUUAUACUUUACUAAUCAGUUACGGAAGGCUGUUUACAAAAUGCCCACAGAAUCUGACGAUAGUACAAGAUCUGUGGCAUUGGCACUUCAGCGAGUAUUCUAUGAGUUACAAUUCUCCGAUAAACCAGUUGGUACAAAGAAGCUAACAAAGAGUUUUGGAUGGGAAACUCUUGAUUCUUUUAUGCAGCAUGAUGUUCAAGAAUUUUUGAGGGUAUUAUUGGAUAAACUGGAAAGCAAAAUGAAGGGCACAUGCGUGGAGGGCACGGUGCCGCGGCUCUUCGAGGGCAAAAUGACGUCUUAUAUUAAAUGCAAGAAUGUUAAUGUGUCCAGUACUAGAGUCGAGACAUUCUAUGAUAUUCAACUCAAUAUUAAGGGGAAGAAAAAUAUCGACGAAUCGUUCAAAGACUACAUAAGUACAGAGACGCUAGAUGGCGAGAACAAGUACGACGCGGGUGAGCACGGCCUCCAGGAGGCUGAGAAGGGAGUGAUCUUUGCCUCGUUCCCUCCCGUACUACAUCUGCACCUCAUGAGGUUCCAGUAUGACCCGAUCACUGAUAGUUCGGUCAAAUUUAACGAUAGGUUCGAAUUCUACGAACACAUCAACUUGGACGCGUACCUACAAGAGAAGCCGGAGACCCCGGCGGACUACACGCUGCACGCGGUGUUGGUUCACUCGGGGGACAACCACGGGGGGCACUAUGUGGUGUUCAUAAACCCUAAGGGAGAUGGCAAGUGGUGUAAGUUCGACGACGACGUUGUAUCACGCUGCACGAAACAGGAAGCCAUCGAAUAUAAUUACGGUGGACACGACGAGGACAUGGCUCUCACAGUCAGACAUUGCACUAAUGCUUAUAUGUUGGUGUAUAUUAGGGAUUCACAAUUAAAGACAGUGCUCCAAGAAGUAGCACAAGUAGACAUACCAACAGAACUUAGUGAGAGAUUGGCUGAAGAGAAGAGAAUUGAAACGAUCCGUCGCAAGGAGCGCAACGAGGCGCACCUGUACAUGAACGUGAACGUGGUGCUGGAGGAGGCGUUCGACGGUCACCAGGGCAACGACCUGUACGACCCCGAGCGGGCGCACUACCGCGUGUUCCGCGUGCGCAAGCAGGCCACCGUCGCGGAGCUCAUGGACAUGCUGGCGGAGAACUUCCGCUACCCGCAGAAGCACCUGCGCCCGUGGCCCUUCAGCGCGCGCUCCAACCAGACGUGCAGACCAACAUGCCUCGACGUUGUCAACGAUCAGAACAAGACAAUAGCGGACAUAUCGGAGAACAUGAACCCAUGGAAUAUAUUCCUGGAAAUGCUUCCUCCGGACUCUGGUUUCGCAGCACUACCUCCCUUCGAUAAGGACAAUGAUGUCGUCCUGUUCUUUAAGUACUACGAUCCGAAGCAAAAGCGUAUACACUAUUGCGGCCACCAUUACUUGCCGAUCGCGAGUAAACCGGCUGAUCUCAUACCAAUACUCAAUAAGCGUGCAGGAUUCCCUCCCGACACGCCGCUAGUUUUGUACGAAGAGAUUAAACCAGAUUUCGUUGAGAAGAUAAACAAUUACAAUGAUCCGCUCGAGAAGGUAUUGGACGAGCUGAUGGACGGUGACAUCAUCGUGUUCGAGCGCGCGGACAACCGGCACGAGGAGCUCGAGCUGCCCACGUGCCAGGACUACUUCAAGUACAUAUUCUACAAGGUGGAGGUGCAGUUUGUUGAUAAAACGGUGCCAAAUGAUCCCGGUUUCACAAUGGAGCUAUCGAUGCAGAUGCGCUACGACCAGAUGGCGCGUGCGGUCGGACAGCGGCUCAACGUUGAUCCGUAUUUAAUACAGUUCUUCAAGUGUCAGAACUACAAAGAUACACCGGGUCUUCCACUAAGGUACUCAUACGACGGAAUACUAAAAGAUCUGCUGGUGUACUGUAAACCAAAGUGCCCUAAGAAAUUGUUCUAUCAGAUUCUAUCCAUUAAGGUCAACGAGUUGGACAACAAGAAACAAUUCAAAUGUUUAUGGGUUGGUCCAAAUUACAAAGAAGAUAAGGAAUUAAUUUUAUAUCCUAACAAAGGUGGAAAAGUAUCAGAUAUAUUAGAAGAGGCAGCUAAAGUCGUAGAAAUGUCACCUGAAGGAUCUGGCAGAUUACGGAUCGUGGAGGUGUCGUGUCACAAGGUGCUGCCGGGGCCGGACCCCGAGCUGACGCUGGACCAGGUCACCAUCUCGCCGCCCAGACUCUACCGGAUAGAGGAGAUACCCAGGGACGAGCUCAACUUGCAGGAGGACGAGAUGCUGGUCCCGUGCGCGCACUUCCAUAAGCAGGUGUACGCAACGUUCGGCAUUCCGUUCUACGCGCGCGUCAAACACCACGAGCCAUUCCAGGCGGUCAAGGACCGGCUGCAGAAGAAACUCGACAUACCUGAUAAGGAGUGGGAGAAGUACAAUUUCGCUAUAGUGACGAAUGGCAGACCUAAUUACAUAAGUGAAGGAGCGGUAGUCAACAUUUUCGACUUCAGGCCAAGUAGUAAUGCAAACCUCUCGCUUCCAGACGCGACCGGGCGGCCGUGGCUCGGCCUGGAGCACAUCAACAAGACGCCCAAACGUUCGCGCGUCAAUUACUUGGAGAAGGCGAUCAAGAUAUACAACUGAGUAUGGGAUAACUAUAUGGACGAACCGUACGCUAGUAUAAUCAUCGAUGUUUCACCACGCUUAGGGAUUUGUGAUAUGAAAUGUUGAGUUUUUGGUAUGCGGUUAACGUGUUCGAUUUGACACCACUGAAAGGCAAAAGUUAGUUUGUUGUUACUGAAAGACACUAAAAUUUCAUAAUAUUCAUCAUAUUAUAGUGUGUUAUCGCCGAUUCAUACUUGAUUACAUUAAACAUAUGUACUUUUACCUUUUAUUUAUUCAAUACUGCAAUAAGCUGUAAAAAGUGUUCAAAUAAAUGUAUAACUGAGUUAUAAAUAACACAAGAAGCUAAUUAUGGAUCACAAUUGUUGUAUAUUUUGUUUGUUGUGUAUUAUCUUUACCCAUUAUAUGAUUAAAAAGAUGUUAAAAUUUGCUUCUGUUACGAGAAUUAAGCCAAGGUUUCAACUUAGAAGAUAUUUAUUUUUAAUUUUUAAUUAUAGAAAAAAUGAAAUAAAAAUAUUACUAAUUAAUUAAUAUAAAUAUAAAAUAUUACUAAGCCGACAUUCAGUGGUGCCAAAUGGAAAAACGCAUGCGCACGACGUGUCUCAGAUAUAUGUAAUUUAUCGAUGUUGUUCAAAGUUGUAAGUCCAGAUAACAAAUUUAUUCACACUGUAUGCACAUUAAAAACGCGUCGUGUGUAUGUACCCUUAUCACGUUUAAAACUAUCUACGAUCUUUAAGAAGUAUAUCGAAACAUUUUCCUACCCUCCUGUAUUUUUACCAUUGCUUACUAUGUCAAGUAAAAUAUUUUAAAGUACUUUUAACCAAUAACGAAAGCGCGCGAGAAUACGCGAACGAAUGGCUUCUAUUGGUCGGAGGUGAGUGUCAGAUGAUUUGAUUGGUCAAUUCAUAUGUUAUUUUUUGUUGUUUCAAUUAUUAAUACGCAAUAGUUUACUAAGUUCGUAAAAGUUGUAUUUGAUGAUAUUUAUCUCUAUGAAUUAUAAUACACUUUCUGUAUAUUUGAUUAGUCCAAAACAUUGCUCCUCUCACUCAUAUUGUUGACAGCAAUAAAAUAAAAUAAAUAUAUAAAACAAGAUGUGGAAAUCGUAAUACAAAUUAAUUAUAUGUUAAAAGUAAUUUUUAGACUGAUUUUAUAUUUGCACCUCAGAGAUUUGGAAUCAACUUAGUUUUACUGCUUCAAUCGAGUUGGCAGUUUACAUUAAAUUGGUUUAGAAUGUAAAAAUUAAUGAAAUCAUUAAUUAUUCAUAUUAUAUGAUUCUUAAAAGAUCUAUAUUGUGUAGAUCGCAACAUAAUCAUCGUUAUAUUUGUUUCGAUGGUAUGACGACACAACACAUAGUAUAAUUAUUAUUGUAUUUGCGUAACAUAGCAUCAACUUUGAUUAAAUUUGAACGAUCGUGUGAUCUUUUAUAUUUACUUGUAAUAUAAUUAUUUGUUUCUAACAUCUGUUAUACAGUGGGAAUACAGUUUUAUUUAUUUAUUAUGGUUUUAUUUAUUAAUAAAUUCCCCUUAAGGUGAAACGUGUUUGGUGAUUUUACUAUCGUACGGAUAUAGAUUAGCCUUAAAUAAUAACCGCUAACACCAAUGUAUUGACUCUGCUGUUUGUAGUUACGUACGGCGAUAUAGUAGUCCUGCUAGCAAAUGUUCAUUUGUUUUCAACGAUUUUAUGUUUCUCGAACACGUCGUGGGGUAUUGUGAACGAAUAGCAAUAUUAAUAGAAAUAGAUAUAUCGGUUGUCGCUGAAGGAACAAGUAUUGAAAUGUAGUAUAAUUUUAACUGGGCAGGAUAGACGGAAAGACUUUUUGUUUCAAAAAUAGUUUGAAAGUAACUCGAACUCAUGUUUGUAUAUUAUUUCAUAUUAAAAUAUAAGUUUUAGUUGAUCUGUUUUUUAAGUAAGUUGCUGGACAUAUAAAUGACGAUCACAAAGCCGGGUCAUAAGUGUUUUUCAACAUUUAUUCCUUCAGUCGGUGAUCUACCGCAACGUUUUAGUCAAUAGUUCGCCUUAGCAUUUCCAGUGUAUAUCAUAAUGUGGCCUCUCGAUACUUAGAUGAUAAACUAAAUUGCUGUUUCUUUUUAAAAGGUUUUUCAGAUCGGUCUGACGAACCUGUAAGGCUGUGUCACCGCAAGCUUUUAUACCAUUUUGGCAAUUCGGCAAUGUUCUACAUUUUACUGCUUAUUGUUUCUAAGCUUCACUAAUGAGAUUUACCUUUGCCUUGAGAGUUUUAUCGUAUAUGUUUGUACGAAUAACCGCUUAUUGUAAUCCAAUUGAGUGCGGUUUUCAUUUGAUGUCUCUUAAAAUAAGGCUUGUUAAUUAUGUGUAUAGAUUAACAAUCACAAAUAAUUUAAAUGUUUUUAACAAAUAGUUUAAUUCCGGAUAUCCCGGUAUUAAAAAUUAUAACUUAUUACUAACUAGAUACAUCAAAAUAUCUGAGUACAUAAUCGUAUACAUAAAUGAUUUACUAUUGUAAAUAGCGCGAAGUAUUGUAGAGUUUGUCAAUGUUUAAAUUUUAAUUUGUUUGUUGAAUGUUUAAUAAAUCGGUCGGGUCGGUACGGUGUGGAUGUAUUGUAUUGUCGAAUUGCCGCGUCGUGUGUACAUUUUGUCGAUAUCAUAGCAGUGCCUAUAUAUAAAUGUAAAUUGCGUCGAAUGCCUUGUAUUUUACAAUUGCACUGAGGAGCCUAAUCUGGCAACAACCGCGCUAUAGAAAAGAGAACUGAGUUAUAUUGAUACACUAAAAUGUAAUAAAAAUGAUAGUAUGUAUUUUUUAUAUUGAACAUCUACGAGUUUACAACGUCCAGAAUAGACUCCUCAGCAUUUGCUCAGAUAAUAAUAGAUGUAAUAGCACCGUAUUGUUAAUCUGGCUUAAAGCCUAGACAUCCUGACAGCAUGUAUAUUUUAUUCGACCUACCGGAGAAAUGUUACGUUAUUAUGGUUAUGACGAAAUUAUGUAUAUAUAUGAUGUAAUAAAUUAAGAAAAAAAAAUACAAUAAGUUUUCGUAAAGAUGCCUUAGACGUUUUAAGACACUUAGUAAUUUCGAUAUGAUACUACUUAAUUUAUACCCUUUUUUAGGUUUUUCAUUUAACUAAUUAAUUUAUAGAUAUGGAAAAUCUCUAAUAAAAUAGCGAGAUGAUUUUUUUCGUAUGAAUGUGUGUCACGCUAAUUCAUUAACAAGGUUUUGAGGUAUUGAUAGAUGCAUAGAUAUAGAUUACUUGCCGAAAUUAAUGUCGUGGAAGUUGGGAUUAUAGGAUAUCAGGUUUGAAGUAACACCUUGUGGUCGGCGUUCGUACACGGCUUGUACAAACUAUUGGAGCCUAUUCCAAUGUUUGUUGUUGGAUUUUCAACGUUUCUCUGAAUAUAAUCCUAUAUUUGUUUAAA